AUGGAGCAAAAUGAUCGGGACCAGAAGCUCCUGCAAAAUGCUGACAAGUUCAACAGGAAGUACAAGAAGUUCUUGGGAAGGACUUUGCAGUCUGUUAUCUCAGUCUCAUUAUUUUCUUUGUUUCUUUGCUACUCCUCUGGCUUCUGCUUCUUUCGGCCCCAUUCCUUCAUUGUCUACUUCUCCGCAUUCCUUUUUUCACUCUUCACCCACACCCUCCAAAGGAGAUACAUAUUUCUCAUUUGUAAUGCAAUUCUUGCUAUUCUAGCCAAGAGCUUAUUUUCUAGCAGCUCUUCACCAUCUGUGACUGAUAUUGGUGGCCGUGACUUUUCAGCUUCUGAUGUAUUUGCAACGAAGACAUCAGUUGCUGAGGAAGUCCAAGUCGGAAGUAUUGGAUUUGUAGAUAACCAUGUCGCUCUUGUAGCUGAAGGAGGAGGAGAAGAAGAAGAAGAAGAAAAUCUAGCAGAUCAAGCUGAAAAACUACAAGUACAAGAAGAUGGGUCGUCUUCUGGUGCAGAAAAUGAACAAAGAGAAAUUGAAGCUUUCAUUGCAGAUCAUCAAGAUGAAGCUGGGCGAGAAGAAGGAGAAGAAGAAGAAGAAGAAGUACCACCGGAAGCAAAUGAUGAAUUGAACAAAAAGUUCGAAGAAUUCAUUAGGAAGAUGAAGGAAGAAAUCAGGAUUGAAGCCCAACGUCAACUAAUUGCCGUCUAA